UUUCCAAUUUUACAAAUUUCGGAAUUUUCGAGUCGAGGGCUGGUGAGCAUUGAGCGUUGCCCUGCUCUUAAAACACUUUUUUUCAUAUCGUUUACAAUAUAAUUUACGUCGUCUAAAGAGAGACAGACAAUAAGAAUUUCCAAUGGCGUCUUUAUCUGUGGAUGAUGUUGCUGAUCAACUCGCUCAGACGAAGGUGGAUUCUAAAUUUGAAUUGUCGUUCAAGGGGAAGGGUCUGAAAUUGGACAAAGCUGAAGAUGCCAAGGACAUUGUGGAUACUAUUGAGAAAUGUGAGCACAUGACAGCUCUGCGACUUGAGGGCAACACAGUUGGAGUGGACGCAGCUGAGGCUAUAGCCAGAGCCAUAGGAAAACAUUCUGAAUUUGAGAGAGCCCUAUGGAGUGACAUGUUCACUGGAAGGUUGAAAACAGAAAUCCCUCAUGCACUGAAACACCUGGGAGUGUCCAUCAUGGGCGCCAACUGCAAACUGGUGGAGAUCGACCUCAGUGACAACGCCUUCGGCCCGAACGGUGUGGUGGGUCUGGUGGAUCUGCUCAAGAGCCCCAGCUGCUACUCCCUACAGGAGCUCAAGCUCAACAACAACGGUCUCGGUAUCGGAGGAGGCAAGAUGCUGGCUGAGUGUCUCACAGAGUGCCACAAGAGCAGUCUGGCUGCUGGACGGCCGCUGGCCUUGAAAGUCUUCAUCUCCGGCCGAAACCGCCUGGAGAACGACGGAGCCAAGGCCUUGGCGGCUGCUUUCAAGGUAAAUCUUUAUUAUGUUGGGAGAAACACUUCGGCCAAUUUGCAGAGGUUCCCAGGGAUGCCAUUUUUCCGUUGUUUCCUUUUUUUCCCCAAUAGUGCCGUAAAACUCUUACUAAAACUGUUUGCUGUUUUGUGUCAUAAUGUGCCAUUUUGUGUCGUCCCCCAGGCCCUCCCAAAGCUUACACAGCUGGAGAUCAUCAAUUUUGGAGACUGUCUGGUGAGAACUGACGGAGCCAGGGCUAUUGCCAACGUGCUGAAUCAAGGACACAAGCAACUAAAGGAGCUGAUAUUGAGUGGCAAUGAGAUUACAAAGCCUGGUGCUCUUGAUGUUGUGGAAAGUCUAGAGGGGAAGAGCUCCUUGAUAAACGUCGACCUGAAUGCCAACAGUCUGGGUGAGGAGGGCUGUGAGGAGGUGCGGGUCACCAUGGACGCUCUCGGUUUGAACGAUGCUCUGGCCUCUCUCAGUGAUGAUGAGGGAUCAGAUGAAGACGACGAAGAGGAAGAGGAAGAUGAUGGAGAUGAUGACUAUGGAGAAGAUGAGGAGCCCGAGGAGGAGAGAGACGGGGACAUCAGCUCUGACCCCAAGCUCCAGGUGCAGGGAUCGGCGCUAACUCCCAACAAACCGCAAAUCAGUGUCAAAGAUUUCUUAGCAUUCCCUUCCCCAACAAAACUGCUUCAGCUGGGACACAACAGCGGAGACGCCAUUCUUGAAGAGCUCGGGGAAGACAAAACAAACAUUGACAAAGUUGUGGCCAUGAUUCUCAAGGUGUCUCUGGUGGUGAGCAAAGAUGAUGAGGCCAAGAUCAGAUCGUGCGAGUGUGCAGAUGGACUGCUCCAGAACCUCUUCAACUCACUGGACAAGCCAGGCCCUGAUGUAGCCAAUGCUUUUCUGGUCGCCCUGGGUCUCAUAAAGGGUGAAGACAAGAAAAUGAAGGCACCAGGCAGUAUCGUGGGCCCGCUGCUGGUGUUGGAGCACAUCGUACGACAGCCCUACUUCCCCUCGGAGUUACGACAGACGAUGUUGGCCUUCCUCAGCAAACCCCAUCCCCUCUUGGAGAAGGCUUCCGAUGCGAGGCACAAGAUUUUGCAGACGUUAUACUCUUUCUGAGCUGCGACGGGUGUCUGUGAUCCUUUGUGCUUUUUAGUCUGUUGAUCAUUUUUAAUUCAUGUUUUAGGAGAACUGAAGAAAAAUGCAUUCGUUAUAUUUUUUUAGAAACACGAGUCAUAUGUUAUUGUUAACUAAAUGUGAGCUUACCAAAACCUUAGUUGGUACCGUGCUGAAGUACAUUGCAGAUGACAAUGGUUUGAUUGAUACCUCGAUGGGGCACUCUUGACUUUGGGUUGUUUGGGGAAUCAUUUAGGUUGUCCUGAACUGUAUGUUGGUUCCCCUUACCUUUUUGCUACCCUAGAAGUACAAAGUUCUAUCUGCUCAGUACCUAGAGUUACGAACAAUUUGAGGUAAAAACUUUAAAGUUUCACAUGUUUAGCCUUUUCUAAUGCAGUUCUUUGAAUAUCUUGAUAACGACUCCGAAUAAUCUUACAGUUUUCAUUGAGCAGAUACAACAUUUGGUUUCAGACCUCAUGGUCUUAGUAACUCAAAACGGACAAAAAUGUUAGAUAGGACUUUGUAAUUCUGAGAUAGUGAUUUCUUGAUUCCCUGAAAGGCACAACAGCUACAGGAGGCCUCAUUUCUGCUGCUGCAUGUUCACCUGUUUGCUUGUUCACUUGUUUGCCUUUCUGUUAUGCGUCAUUGCCGAGUUAUCGGAAGUGGAUGCUCUUAGCUUUGUGUAUUGCUAGGAGGUCUUUGCAUAAUGGCCAGCGUUUGGCGCGGGUCAAGUUGGAUGCUAAGGUGCCGGUGUAGAGGUAGGGUGAUCAAUGUUAACUAUGAGCUCAGGUGUGUCACUGCAUGUACUCUUUGCGGGAUAUGUUGAGAAAGUUGUUUUGUUUUGAAUUGAGAACUUGGAGGAUUGUCACAAUAGUUGAUUUGUUGACCAGUGUCUGUGGCUAUAGAUGUCGAUUCUCUUUGCCUUCAAUG